AUGUAUUCCGCAGCUGUGCUUGCAACUUUCUCUUUCCUCCUCGGCGCCGGCGCUCAACAAGUUGGAACUUCAACCGCCGAGACUCACCCCGCCUUGACUAUUCAAAGCUGUGCCACCGGUGGAACAUGUACCGAUGAGGCCGACAGCAUUGUCCUCGAUGCCAAUUGGAGAUGGCUUCAUUCUACUUCCGGCUCUACCAACUGCUACACUGGCAAUACCUGGGAUACCACUCUCUGCCCGGAUGCUGCAACAUGUACCACCAACUGUGCCCUCGAUGGUGCUGAUUAUGAGGGAACAUACGGUAUCACCUCAACUGGUAACGCCUUGAAGCUUAGCUUCGUUACUGGAAGCAACGUUGGUUCCCGUACAUACCUCAUGGACUCCGAGACCACCUACAAGGAGUUCGCUCUUUUGGGUAAUGAGUUCACCUUCACCGUCGAUGUUUCCAAACUUCCUUGCGGUCUUAAUGGUGCUCUUUACUUCGUACCCAUGGACGCCGACGGAGGGAUGUCCAAGUACGCCACCAACAAGGCUGGUGCCGCAUACGGUACUGGUUAUUGCGAUGCCCAAUGUCCUCGAGACAUGAAGUUCGUCGAUGGCACAGCCAACAACGUCGGAUGGGUCGCUGAUAGCAACAGUGCUAACUCUGGAACCGGUAACAUCGGAUCUUGUUGCUCAGAGUUUGAUGUCUGGGAAGCCAACUCUAUGUCCCAGGCACUUACUCCUCACAUCUGCACAGUUGACGAACAAACUUCUUGCACUGGUGAUGACUGUGCCGCAAACACUGGUGUCUGUGACGCAGAUGGAUGCGAUUUCAACCCAUUCCGUUUGGGUAACACCACCUUCUAUGGAAGUGGCAUGACCAUUGAUACUACGAAGGAAUUCACUGUUGUCACCCAAUUCAUUACCGAUGACGGAACCUCCACUGGAACCCUUACCGAGAUCAAGCGUUUCUACGUUCAAGAUGAUGUUGUCUAUGAACAGCCAAGCUCUGACGUCUCUGGUGUCUCUGGAAACUCCAUUACUGAUGACUUCUGUACCGCUCAAAAGACCGCUUUCGGAGAUACUGAUUACUUCAGCAAAAAUGGUGGUAUGGCUGCCAUGGGUAAAAAGAUGGCUGGUGGUAUGGUUCUUGUCCUCAGUAUCUGGGAUGAUUACAACGUAAACAUGCUCUGGCUCGACGGUGACUACCCAACUACUGGUGAUGCUUCUACUCCAGGUGUUUCCCGUGGAUCUUGCGCUACCACCUCAGGUGUUCCAGCAACAAUCGAGGCCGCUUCCGGUUCCGCUUAUGUUACCUACUCAAGCAUCAAGUACGGACCUAUCGGAUCCACCUUCAAUGCCCCAGCCAAUAGCUCUUCCCCCGUUGUCGCAGUUAUCGCACCUUCCUCCGCAGCCGCUGUCCCAGUUAGUACUUCAUCAUCCACCAAGUCCAAAUGCAGCAAAAUUAGCGCUUCCAGCACCCUCAAGACUUCCGUAGCAGCUUCAACUGGUUCCGUCGCUUUGUACGAUAACUGCACUGGUGGAAAGACCUGCUCUGAGGGUACUUGUGUUGCUCAGAAUGACUACUACUCCCAGUGUAUCUCCGCAUAA